GGUCGGUCAGCUGGGCUGCCGCUCAGUUUUGCUCGGACCUGUGAACCGGAAACACCUCUCCGUCAUCGGUGCCGCGUUCUUUAUAAAAGUGUAAAUACAAAUUCAAUUAAUUAAUCAGUUGGUGAAUUUUAACUUUUUUGUGAUUUUGUUCGAUUUAUUUUAAGUUUUCUGUUUUUCACACAGCGAAUUGGAAAAACGUUAUCUAGUUUCAAAGUGGCAGCAGACCGACGACUUCGGGAGGAAGAAGGAGAUCCGGCAGCGUAUGUACAAGCUGCGGGAGCAACGGCUCAGAGACUUCUACACUGACAGUGACACAUCAGUGACUAUGGCCAGCCGCAAGCACGCGGCUCCCACACACGCAGACAGUAUCUCAGACCAAGGCUUCAUGUCCCUCAAGUCCAAGGAGAUCAGGGACUCGGAGUCCCCCACGAGGGACAUCCAUCGUCGUCAAGGGGAUAACAACUACUGGAACACGGUGCAACAGUCGAGCUACAGCACCCAGGGAGGCGAAGGUGAUCGUCGGGAAGUCUACGAAAGGUCAUCCACAGGUACAGGAUAUAGUGAGGAUGGUGCGACUCAGAUCAAACUGGAGGCAGACGAGAGAGGCUUCACGUCCUCCCAGACGACAGAAGUAGAAGGAGGCCAGUGUAACACAAAUCGGGAGCAGCAUGAUGCUCAGAUCGCUACUGCGUCACACACCAAGACCGACGGUGGAGAGGCUUACUCGUAUUCCACCUCUAAAGAACACCAGGAAAGCAAGUCUUCAGUGACAGAAUCCAAGGAAGGAUCAUCAACCUUCAAAUCCUCACGGUGGGAGACUUCGAGCUCCACAAGCUCGUCCAGUAGACAGGUGGUAUCCUCUUCCAACUUUGGCAGGAUUACUUCGGAUGUCGACAUGAGAGCCAUCACGUCCGGUGACGACGUGGACUUCACCAACACUAGUUUCCAGGACAACGCGAACACUUCGACUAUCCGUAGAGUGAAGAAUGUAUCGGACUCCAAAUACAAGACAGACGCUAACGAGGUAAGGUACACCACUGAUAACAGAGAGGACUCCACUUCCUUCAUCGAUAAAGAGAUUAGGAACAAUCUGAGAAACGUCCAAGACAACAGUUUUGACGUAAGGGAAGACUACUUCGGUGACCACGACUCUAGAAGAGACAGUACUUCAACGUACACUUCGGAAGUUAUUUCCAAUGUGGAUGAUUAUGUUACCAAUGAUGUAUCACGGAGAGUUAAUCAAGAGGUGAAGAUAGAAGAUCGAAGUAACGUUGUUGACCAGAAAAUAAUGUCAGAGAUCAACAAGUUGGACUCUUUCUUGUCCACACAGAACACGGGAACCAACACUCCGGCUAGUCCUCGCAGUGUGAUGGGGGAUGUCAACUGGACCGUUGUCUCCAACAACGACGGAGAAUUCGUCUACAGAGACGAUAAGACACCCUCAAGCCCCGGAAGUAGGGCUGCGCCCAUCAAAUAUCCUGACAACUUGGACCUCCCCAAGGAGUGCACUGAAGGGCAGUAUGUUACAACCUACAAUGAGCACUACACCAAGAAAAUAAGUGUUGAUGUAAGCCCAACGCACGAUAAGUUUGCUAGGUCCCUAAGACAGACCCCUCCUGGAACACCAAGGUCUCUUUCUCGACAAUCUCUCGAUAGAAGCAGCCCUGAAAGAAAGGCCAAAAAUUCACCACGGUCCAGCCCAGAUAAAGAGAGGAGGACUAGUGUUGGCAGCAAUUCCGUAGAUAAGUCGAGUAAUGUUCGUCGUAAGACGUCUGAAGUGGCCAGACAAACUGGAACUUCAAAAGAGUCUACUAUAAAGAACAAAAGGAAGUUUUCAACAACUCAAACAAAAGCUGCGGCAAAGGCAAGAGCAUCGACGCCUGGAACAUCUCCUACUACCAGUCCUACAAGAAAGCAGAAAGAAAGAUCAGACUCGCCUUCAUCUGCCAGCGAUUCGGAUGCGUCUCAGGUUACUUAUGAAAAGAAAACAUCUACCACAUACAAAAGGGCUGAUGUAGUCAGGCGAAAUCUAAUGGAUUCUUUUGACAAGGAUACUACACCAACAGACACAGAAAACACGGAAACUUCAUAUCGACCAUCUAGUCCUGAAAAAUCUCCAACAAGAAAAACAUCGACUCCAACUGGAAUACUCAGAAAAGGACUCAAGGACUGA